UCCUUUUUCAAAAAUAAUUCUGCGUACGAGUCCUAAUUAAACAGGUACGAAUCUUCUUCAUUUGGUUUCUCUCAAAAAAGGGGUACCGGAAUCUGCAAUUCGUAGACCCUGCAGCCUGCACUUCCUAAGUUCACUGGAGUGGUUGGAUCGCGUGGUGGAACCGAAGACUACGUACAAUGGAGCUAUUUCCUAUUCCGUGUGAAACGUACAAGCUAGGGUUUAUCGGAGCAGGGAAAAUGGCGGAGAGCAUCGCCAGAGGAGUGGUGCGAUCCGGUGUUUUGCCUCCUUCCCGUAUCAUUACCUCUCACUCCAACCCCGUCCGCCGCGUCGCCUUCGAGUCCUUCGGCGUCACUCUUCUUCCCCGCAAUGAAGACGUGAUCAAAGGCAGCGAUGUGGUCAUUUUCUCUUUGAAACCUCAAGUUGUCAAAGGUGUACUCUCGCAGUUGAAGCCACUGUUAACAAAAAAGAAGCUUCUGGUUUCUGUUGCUGCUGGAGUCAAAUUGAAAGAUCUGGAGGAAUGUGCUGAUCAAAGCCGAUUUAUAAGGGUAAUGCCAAAUACUCCUUCAGCUGUAGGCGAGGCAGCAUCUGUUAUGAGCUUGGGAGGAUCUGCAACUGAAGAAGAUGCGGACCUAAUAGCUCAACUAUUUGGAUCAAUUGGUAAGAUAUGGAGAGCUGAUGAGAAAUUGUUCGAUGCAGUCACUGGUCUGAGUGGCAGUGGCCCAGCAUAUAUAUUCUUAGCAAUUGAAGCUUUGGCUGAUGGAGGUGUGGCUGCUGGUCUACCACGAGAACUUGCACUGGGUCUUGCUUCUCAAACUGAACUAGGAUUUUAUUGCUCUCUGGGAAUUUAAAUAAUAGUACUUUCGUGUAACUUAAUUAUGAAAACUCUUAACUGGAAGUCAAGACUACUAUAGCAUCAGUCUGCCAGAAAUUAACUUGUAUUAUUAGCUGCAGAAGAGUAAAACUUGUCAAAAAAAGAUUUGAUCAUUGAGAUUGCAGAUUUUUGUUCAAAUUACUAUUUUUAAGACAGUAUUUGGAAUAUUACCUGCAUUCAUGUAAAAUACAUGAUACUAGUUGUUGGACUGAACUACAAUUUGGAUUGGUUGAUACCAUUAAGUAGGUACCGUGCAAAAUAAAUGAUGUGUAAAAAAAGAGGAGUUUCAUAGCAUGAAUUUCUUUAGGUUCAGAAUAGAAGUAUUUAACGUGCUCAGGAGAAAUACCUUUCAUGUCUUUCACUGUUGCUACUCUUUACAUCACGCAUUACUUGUUCAAAUAAUCAAAUUAAAGAAUUUCUUAUUUGUUUAUUAUUUA